AUGGCUAACGACGACGACGACUCACCCGAGCUCACCGAGUCACAGCAGCAACAGGAGGACCAGACCCAAGACCAACAAUCACCCAAUGCGGAGGAUGAAGAAAUUGGCUCCGGCUCUGACUCGGACUCAUCAUCCCAAUCCUCCGGCGACGAUUUCUACAUCUCCGAUGAGUCCGAGAACGAAGCAGAAGGCGAUUCCGACUUCCUCAACUACAUCCGACCAAGCGACUUACCUCCUGACCCCAACGCUAACCCGGAGACCAACAUCCGCCGAUUCAAUCGCGUGCUCGAUGGCAAGCGCGUGAAGCGUAUGCAGGAGGAAGAAGAAGAGAAGUACACGUUCUACGAGGAUCUCUUCGAUUUCCCCAGGGACCCGGAACGGUGGAAGGAGGAGGAUCUGAGGGAGAUUUGGGCGGAUGCUCCAUUGGAAAUGACUAAACCUGGUUGGGACCCAGUUUUGGCCGACGAAGAGGAUUGGGAAAUUGUCAACGAGGAGAUUCAGGAAGGUCGAGAUCCUGGGAUUCAACCUUUCUAUGUUCCUUACAGGAAACCGUACCCAGCGAUUCCAGAUAAUCACUAUGAUAUUGAGAAUGCGAAAGGUGUUGUUGAGGAGCUUGAUAGGAUUGAGGAGUUUCUUCAAUGGGUCAGCUACAUUUUCCCCGACGGAAGCUCGUACGAAGGCACUGUGUGGGAUGACUUGGCUCAAGGCAAAGGUGUUUAUAUUGCUGAAGAUGGGCUUGUUAGGUAUGAGGGUGAAUGGCUUCAGAACGACAUGGAAGGUCAUGGGGUUAUUGAAGUUGAUAUUCCUGACAUUGAGCCCAUACCAGGUUCCAAGCUUGAAGCUAAGAUGCGUGCGGAGGGACGGAUUAUCAAGAGAGAUUACAUGUCUCCAGAGGACAGAAAGUGGUUGGAAAUGGAUGUCGAGGACAGUCUUGCACUUACUGAUGGGAAUUUUGAAAUUCCUUUCUAUGAAAACGAAGAGUGGGUCAGGCAGUUUGGCGAAAAACCGGAGAAAGGUCGGUAUCGCUAUGCUGGUCAAUGGAAGCACGGUAGAAUGCAUGGUUGUGGUGUCUACGAAGUUAACGAACGCAUCACAUUUGGUAGAUUCUACUUUGGGGAGCUCUUGGAGGAGGAGCAUGGCUGUACAGUAGAUAUUUGUGCGCUGCAUUCUGGCUUGGCGGAGGUGGCUGCAGCUAAGGCUCGAAUGUUUGUAAACAAACCCGACGGAAUGGUUAGAGAAGAGAGGGGCCCAUAUGGUGAUCCUCAGCAUGCUUACUUUUAUGAAGACGAUGAUGUGUGGAUGGCGCCAGGUUUCAUUAACCAAUUUUACGACGUACCUGAGUAUUGGGAAACCUACGUAGACGAGGUGGAUCAAGAAAGGGAAAUGUGGUUGAACUCUUUUUACAAAGCUCCUUUGAGAUUACCAAUGCCCGCUGAGCUCGAACAUUGGUGGGAAAACGUGGAGGUGGAACCGGAGUUUAUCUUACUCAACAAAGAACCCGAACCUGAUCCAGAAGAUCCUUCGAAGCUUGUCCAGAAGGAGGACCCUGUUAUUCUACAUACACCAACUGGUCGGAUAAUAAACUAUGUCGACGAUGAAAAGCACGGCGUUAGACUCUUUUGGCAGCCUCCUCUGGAGGAAGGGGAAGAGGUGGAUCCUUCAAAAGCUGAGUUUUUGCCACUUGGGUUUGAUGAGUUCUACGGGGAAGAAGCGCCGGUGGUAAAGGAACACCCGAUGAAAAGAUUUGUACUCGGAAUGGAGAAAUCGUUGAAGCCGAUGCUUGACGGAUUAGAGAAAUGGACAGAGGAGAAAAAGAAAGCAAACGAGGAGAGGAAGGAGAUGAUACAGAAGGAGCUUGAGCUAGUAGAGGCUGAGAUUUGCUUGGAGGAAGCUAUAGAGGAUAUGGAUGAAGAGCUGAAGAAGAAAGAGCAAGAAGAGGAAAAGAAAACUGAAAUGGGUUUGGCUGAAGAGGAGGAUGAAGAAGUUUUAGUAGUCCCGGUUUAUAAAGAAGAGAAAGUUGACACUGCCAAAGAGAAGACACAAGAGCAGAAGCUGAAAGAGAAGGUACAAGAGCAGAAAAAGGAAGAGGAAUACAAAGAUGAUGAUGAUGACGAUGAUGGUGAUGAUGAUGAAGAAGAUGAUGAUCUUGGACCAUCGAGUUUUGGAUCUGUGGACAAAAGGAGUAGGAAAUCUCCUUUCUCAUCAUCCUCACUGUCUUUUGCUUCGUGUACUCUCUUUCCCGCGGUACAAUCAAGAGUAGAGAACUCGUUUCUAGCAUGGAAACAACACCGCCCAAAGCCAUCAAGACUUAUCCCAGGAAUCAUCAAAGGUGGAGAUGAUAAUAAUGCAUCUGCUUCAGUCCAUUUCCCUCCAUUGUCGAGUAACCAAGCUAGAUUGAAGAUGGGAAAGGUGUCAAGCCCGGGUUGUGUCCUGAGAAGCUAUGGAAACUCAAGGUCUCAGACUCAGCUAUUGUCUCUUUCGCGUCUACUAUCUGGAAAUGCAUCAUUUUCUCCUGAUAGCUCCGGUGAAGAUCUCAGAAAUUCCGGUAAACAAGAUCAACCUUGGCUCUGGAAUACACCGGUAGGGGAAAUGGGUGCGGUUUUGUCGCUUCAGGUGCAGACAAAGUGUUCAAAUGUGUUUGCAGAGACUUCUGUCAUGUCUUGA